UCCUCCUUUCGUUUGAGUCCGCAACAUCCCGACUGGCCGAGGCUGGUGAUCGCAGGCAGCGGCAGCGGCAAGCCCCCCACAAGACGGAUGAAUUAGAAAAACUGCUGCAACCACCGGCACCCACUUCUUUUCUUUUAUUUAUUGUCUGUGUUGAAGAGUCGGGCUGAAAACACUGCCGCCCUCUUCUUGACAGUGUGAAGCGGAUACAAGGCUCCCUGUGUACAGAUUCACCAUGGGGAUCAAGGCUGCCCUCCCCAGAUAUGAGCUGUAUCUCUACACAGCUGUACUCGCCAUGGCCUUGAUAUGGGCAGGCAGUUGGAUAUUUGAAGCUUCAAGUGAGAAUGUAAACAGAAAGGCCUUCAAAGAAAGUGUGAAACCAGGAUGGCAUUACUUUGGCAGGAAAAUGGAUGUUGCGGACUUCGAAUGGAUGAUGUGGUUCUCUACAUUCCGCAAUCAUAUCCUUUUUGCUCUCACCGGUCACGUGAUCUUUGCCAAGAUAUUCACCCUAAUAGCUCCAAAGAUUGGUAUAGAUGGAUGUAAGCACAGAUCCUUGAUCUUUGGGGUGUACGGUGGUUUGGCAGUCCUGGUCACAAUGGGCUGGACCUUCAUGGCUCUGGUCCUGUCUCACUGCAUCAUAAUCUACAGUGUUGCUCUGGUCAAGAAGAAAUGGAUGUGCUUUGCUGCUGGCCUGACCACACUGGCCUCCAUCAAGCUGGAACCCUAUAACUCCUGGCAGGAAUCCUUGGUGACUGGUUCCUUCAACCUACAAGACAUCCUGUUCUAUGGAGGCUGUGGCUUCAGCAUCAUGCGCUGUAUGAGCUUUGCUUUAGAGAACUGUGAAAAGAAGGACGGCAACUACACAUUCUCUGACCUGCUGAGGUACAACUUCUACCUCCCCUUCUUCUUCUUUGGACCUAUCAUGACUUUCGACAGGUAUCAUGCCCAGGCGAACAACACCCAGCUGACCCGCAAAGAGAGGGAGAUGUGGAACAUCACCACCAAGGCUUUGUUGCACCUGGGAAUUAUUCUGGUGGUGGAUGUCUUCUUCCACUAUCUGUACAUCCUGACAAUCCCCAGUGACAUGAAGCUGGUCAACAGGCUGUCUGACUGGUGUCUGGCUGGCCUGGCUUAUUCCAACCUGGUUUAUGACUGGGUGAAAUCAGCUGUGAUGUUUGGUGUCAUCAACACUGUGGCUACACUCGACCACCUGGACCCUCCUCAGCCCCCCAAGUGUAUCACCAUGCUCUAUGUCUUCGCUGAGACGCACUUUGACAGAGGCAUCAACGACUGGCUGUGCAAGUAUGUUUAUGACUAUAUUGGAGGGGAUCAUGAUAAAAUCUUCAAAGAACUCUUAGCAACCUUCUGCACCUUCGCUAUCACCACCCUGUGGCUGGGCCCGUGUGAACUGGUUUACAUCUGGUCCUUUUUCAACUGCUUUGGCCUCAACUUUGAGCUGUGGGUGGCUAAGUUCUUCUCCCUUCCACCGUUUUCUAACAUUGAGGGUGCCAUGGGUGAAGCUAUGUCACGUAGGAUUCGUGGUGUCUUCAAUGCUGCCAACUUCUGGGCCAUCGUUCUCUACAACGUUCUCUCCCUUAACAGUUUGGAUUUUGCCAAGCUGGUGGGCAGGAGACUGAUUUUCAAAGGUUUCCCUCUGUCCUCCCUCUCAGUGUUGCUUGUGACCUACUGUGGCGUGCAGCUGGUGAAGGAGAGGGAGCGACAACAAGCCCUGCUGGAGGAUCUGCAGCCGACGAAGCCAGUCGAUGGCGGCAAAGAAAAAGCAGAAUAAACAGAGAGAAACAGACAGAGUUUCACAGACUUCAUGGUCGACAGCCCCCUCACAUUGUUCCAACCAUGGCCUUGUGAACUGUAACUGAAACAGACUGUAACAGCCAGUCAGCACCUACAUUGUUCAGGAGCCUGUGUUUUUUGGCUUUUGUUGGUCAGAAGCAAAGCAAUGUUUUGAACUGUGAAAUAUCCCCAAGUGCACUUGCUGUAGAUAAUCGUCACGUCCUCUGGCACAAACCCACUGAUGGCGCAUUUUUUAUUUGUAUUUUAUCCAAACAAGAAAUUGUUCAGAAAAUUAUAGGCCUGCCUUUAUGUAUGUACACUGACAUACAGUAUUGUAAAGAAACAACCACUGUGCUCUGUUUGGUUGUCUCCUGGGUUCACUUCUGUUUUUUCUCAAAUUUGGACAUGCCUCCUUUUAAUCAUUGUCAACAGGAUUAUGUUUAGUCAGGUGGUGUCUCAGUUUUACUCUCUACGCCUUAGAUCCUAAUCAUUAUAAUAUUUAACCACACUGAGAGGGUUAAAACUUGAAAAAAAAAAACUUGUGUGUGUGGAAUGAAGAAAGUAAACAAAGGGUGCUGUGGAGAUCCUCCACAUUGCUUGCUGCUGAUUGUAAAGUAUAUUUGUUCUACUGUCACAAGGUAAACAUACAAGUCUAUUUUAAUGUUGUUUGAGAAUGUAUGCAAACUCUUUAAGUGCUGAAAAAGUGAAUGUACUUCAACUGUUCAGAGAACGACAGCUCACACUACUGUACCAUCUACAGGAGGUUACUGUAGAUGUGACAUUUCAGGAUAUCUUUCUCCUCCCUCUUUCCACAUGAUCCAGGUCCUCAGUUCGAUAUGAAAGGCAACAGGCCCACCAGGGAAUAUGGGUCAGUCUUUAUCCUGUCUGUCACCAAAACCUGUUGUGUGUCUUAAGUGCAGCAGGUAGUGGGGAAUGCAGAUUGGAACGCCUUUCUUUAUUGUAAGGUUUUUAUUCAAAAGCCUUUGAAGUUUGACUUGAAAUAAAGUUUUGUUUUUAAUCCAGAA